UACUAUCUCUGUUUGUUACCACCAUCAUCGACAGAAAUUCGCAAAUUCAUCAAGAAAUACCUUUCUCAACCAAGAAACCAACAAGAAACAUGUCUCCAACCGCUAUUACGAGCUCCAACGGCCUCUCCAAUAAUGGCCUCUCCAACGGCCUCUCCAACGGCAGCGUGAAAAACGGAAGCAACGUUGUCGCGAAAAUUGCCAGCAACGUUCAUUUGACAUCAGCGGAGGUUAUCCAGAUGGAGAACAAGUACGGAGCCCACAACUACCAUCCGUUACCCGUCGUCUUCGAUUCCGCAAAAGGUGCCAAAGUAUGGGACCCUGAAGGCAAAGAGUACAUCGACAUGCUUUCUGCCUAUUCAGCCGUAAACCAGGGGCACUGUCACCCAAAGAUUGUCGCAACGCUCAUCGAGCAGGCACAGAGACUCACCCUUUCGUCUCGGGCCUUCUACAACAGCGUCUUUGGCCGCUUCGCUCAGCAGAUCACGGAGAUGUUCAGCUACGAUAUGGUUCUGCCCAUGAACACUGGCGCAGAAGCUGUCGAGACGUCUCUGAAGCUUUCACGCAAGUGGGCUUACAUGAAGAAGGGUGUUCCCGAAGGCCAGGCUGUGAUUUUGAGCGUGGAAGGUAACUUCCACGGGAGGACGUUGGGCGUCAUUAGCAUGAGUAGCGACCCUGAGAGCCGAACUGGCUUCGGACCUUACCUUGAGGGUGUCGGACCGACGUAUCUUGAUGGCUCCCAACUGAACACCAUCAGAUAUGGCGUAUUGGAGGAUUUGGAACGUGCGCUUGAGCUGCAUGGCAAGAAUGUCGCAGCGUUCCUCGUGGAACCGAUUCAAGGAGAAGCUGGGAUCGUUGUUCCGGAAGAGGGAUAUCUUUCACGCGUCCAUGCGCUCUGCAAGAAGCACAAUGUGCUCCUUAUAUGUGAUGAGAUCCAGACAGGACUGUGUCGAACAGGCAAGAUGCUGGCGUGUGAGUACGAUAACAUUCGACCAGAUAUGGUCCUACUGGGCAAGGCGCUAUCCGGCGGAGUGUACCCGGUUUCUGCAGUACUCGCUGAUCGGGACAUCAUGCUUUGCAUCAAACCCGGCGAGCAUGGCAGUACCUACGGAGGAAACCCACUAGGGUGUGCUGUAGCCAUGACGGCUCUUAAUGUCCUCGUCGAUGAGCGUCUGGCGGAGCGUGCGAUGGUGCUGGGAGAACUCUUCCGAAGGUCGAUCAUGAAGCUCAAUUCCCCACUGGUUCAGACGGUACGCGGAAGAGGGCUGUUGAAUGCGGUCGUUAUAGACGAGAGUAAGAGUCGUAAGGGACGCACGGCCUGGCAGCUAUGCCUGCUGCUGAAAAGUCGAGGAGUAUUAGCGAAACCGACGCAUGUGAAUAUCAUUCGGUUUGCGCCUCCACUGGUGAUAUCAGAGGGGGAUCUGUUGAAGGCUGUUAGGAUCAUUGGGGAAUGUUUGGAGGAUCUUGACAGGGUCGAUGUCAUCCCAGGCGAUGGGGGUCACUAGGUGGCUUGUGUUGCGUGUACUACUACUUACUGUGUUAUCUACAGCAUUGCACUAUGUUUGUAUCAAAUAGAACGCAUGCGUGUAUGACUAGGGGGGGCGAUGAAUUCCUCUGCAAACGUGUGAUGGGAAAACUGUCUCCAUCGUUCUAGGUUAUUCAGUGGUAGUAAGUGAUGUAGUAUUCUAU